AUGUUCUCGCGCAGUGUUUUCCGAGCUUCUACCCACGGUACCCGGCAAUCUGGUUUAUUCAGAGCCGCAAGCCUGGCGGGUAAAGCUCAAUGUGCUAGCUCCACUCUCCCCGUGCAGGGCCGAAGAUCCAUUUCCGUGUAUGGCUACACACAAUCCAAGGCUCUGGUGUACUCGAAAUACGGCGAGCCCAAGGAUGUUCUCAGUCUACAUAAGCAUUCCAUUUCCGCCCCUCAUGGCACCCAAGUCAAUCUUCGUCUCCUUACAGCUCCUAUGAACCCGGCCGAUGUCAACCAGAUCCAAGGGGUAUACCCUAGCAAACCUCCAUUUGUCUCCACUCUUGGUACCAGUCAGCCGUCCGCUGUCGGCGGUAACGAGGGUGCCUUUGAGGUGAUUUCAACCGGCGCGGGUGUCAAGAGUCUGUCCAAGGGUGACUGGGUCAUUAUGAAGAAGACUGGUCAGGGUACUUGGCGCACACACGCUCAGAUGGAAGAGUCACAGCUUAUCCGCAUCGAGAAUAAGGAUGGGUUGACGCCGCUGCAGGUUGGUACCGUGAGUGUCAACCCGGUGACCGCAUACCGCAUGAUCCGUGAUUUCUGCGAGUGGGAUUGGAUGCGCGCAGGCGAGGAAUGGUUGAUCCAGAAUGGUGCUAACAGCGGUGUUGGCCGUGCUGCGAUUCAGCUCUGUCGUGAGUGGGGAAUUAAGACGAUCAAUGUUGUUCGUCAGCGCAAGACGCCCGAGGAGACAGAGGCGCUUAAGCAAGAACUCAAGGAUCUCGGCGCUACGGUCGCUGUGACUGAGGAGGAAAUGCUGAAUGGUCCCUUCCGGGAUAUGAUCAAGGAAGCCACCCGUGGAGGACGGGAGCCGAUUCGUCUGGCUUUGAACUGCGUUGGUGGGAAGAAUGCCACAGCACUUGCAAAGACCCUGGCACCAGACUCACACAUGGUCACCUACGGUGCUAUGUCGAAGCAGCCUGUGGCUCUGCCCUCCGGGUUGUUGAUCUUUAAGAACAUUACCUUUGAUGGUUUCUGGGUCAGCAAGUGGGGUGAUAAGAACCCGGUGCUGAAGGAGAACACCAUUAAGGAUGUGCUGCAGCUGACCCGUGCGGGCCGAUUUAAGGACAUUCCCGUGGACGACGUCAAAUGGAACUGGAAUUCCGAGGGCGCCGAGCUAGCAAACAGCGUGCAAGGCACUCUGGGUGGAUAUCGCAGUGGAAAGGGUGUGCUGACGUACACUGGAGGCGAUGAGUGA